AUGCACCUCGCGGCGCAGACUGGUGUUCGUUACGUUAUGCAAAACCCUGGCUCGUACAUGCACAAUAACAUCGCUGGUUUUGUGAAUCUUCUAGAAGCUUGUAAAUCAGCGAAUCCUCAACUGGUAGUUGUUUGGGCUUCGUCCAGUUCCGUUUUUGGAGAAAGACCGAACCGACCAACCGGCGAGCCUUUAUACAGCGACGAAGAAAGCCGGUGA